UUCUGUGUCUGUUUCUUUUAGGAAAUUGUAUUGGUGGUAUUCUUUGGAACAGAAUAUGUGGUUCGGUUAUGGUCAGCAGGAUGCCGCAGUAAAUAUGUUGGAAUAUGGGGAAGGCUUCGUUUUGCUAGGAAGCCCAUUUCAAUCAUUGAUUUAAUUGUAGUUGUUGCUUCCAUGAUAGUUCUUUGUGUGGGCUCUAAAGGUCAAGUCUUUGCAACCUCAGCUAUCAGGGGCAUCCGUUUUCUGCAGAUUUUACGAAUGCUGCAUGUUGACCGUCAGGGUGGUACAUGGAGGCUGCUGGGAUCAGUAGUGUUCAUACACAGACAAGAACUGAUAACUACACUCUACAUUGGAUUUCUGGGCCUGAUUUUUUCCUCUUAUUUUGUGUACCUGGCUGAAAAAGAUGCUGUAAAUGAUUCUGGAGAAACAGAGUUUGGCAGCUAUGCAGAUGCCCUGUGGUGGGGAGUAGUGACUGUUACAACUAUUGGCUAUGGGGAUAAAGUGCCUCAGACCUGGAUAGGAAAGACCAUUGCAUCUUGUUUUUCAGUAUUCGCAAUUUCAUUUUUUGCACUACCUGCGGGAAUUCUUGGUUCAGGCUUUGCCCUAAAGGUACAACAGAAACAAAGACAGAAACAUUUCAACCGUCAAAUUCCAGCUGCUGCUUCUCUCAUACAGACUGCAUGGAGAUGUUAUGCAGCAGAAAACCCAGACUCUUCUACAUGGAAAAUAUACAUUCGAAAACCUGCCAGAAAUUAUCAUUUGCUGUCACCCAGUCCAAAACCAAAGAAAUCAGUGAUGGUUAAAAAGAAGAAAUUUAAGUUAGACAAGGACAAUGGGCCUUCUUCUCCAGAUAGGACGUUAACUGUUCCACAUAUCACUUAUGACCACGUGACGGAGGACAGGAAACCUCAUUUCAGUUUUGAAGCAUAUGAAAAUUCUGUGAAAAAAAGCCCGACGUUUUUAGAUGUGAACACAGGACCCUUCAUCAGGACCAACAGCUUUGCCGAUGAGCUUGACCUGGAGGGUGAGACGCUGUUGACCCCAAUAACUCACAUCUCACAGUAA